AUGGACGGACUAGUUGUAGAUAUACAUAAUAGAUGUACCAGAAUAUGUAGGUGUAUACAGGAAAAACACCUGUUAACCGCUUCGACAGGAUCUCUGAAAGGAUUUCCUGGUUUGAAAUACUGUACUCAUGAGGUUCUUUCAAAAAAUAUCAAACUCUCCGAUGUUACUUGGAAUGGAGAAAAACUUGAAGUGCUAAAAUAUAUUGACCAGUUUAGAGAUGUAGAGUCCAUAACUACUUAUUACUAUUCGAAACGCCCAGCUGCCUUUAUAAGGAAGCCUCUCCUGAUAAGGGUCAAAGAUGAUGGUUAUAAAACACGUUGGUACGAAAAUGUUGGAAGCCAUGCCAACAAGAAAUGGAGGAGACUUUAUAAAUACGAAUGUGAGGAGUAUCCUGAAGAUUAUAAAAACAUCUCAAAUACUCCAUUGUAUGAAAAAUUAAAGGUAUUAACAUGCGGAUUACAUCUCGGUCACGCAGUACACAUUGAUACUAUUCAAGAGAAACAUAAAGUACACUGUGACAUUUGCCUUUUAGAGACAGAGGUAAAAGUUAAUGAGGAGAUUGUAAAUGGCACUUGGGUAUAUAAGAAGCGUAGCUAUAGUAGCUUAGUUGAUGGUUGUGUCUUUGUCUACAAUAGGAGGCCACUAUCCUUUCGAAAGCGGUCCUCAAAAACUUGGAAAGGAUACUUUAUCCCAAUUCAAAUAGACGAAAAUGUUACUAGAGUAUCAGUAUAUUACUGGAAAGGGGAUUGUGGUUGUAAGAAUCCAUUGUUGCUGGAAAUUGUGGGUAAAUUUGGUUAUUCUGUUUGGCUCGAGAAUUUUAGUAAGGAUGAGAAAACUGGAGAACCUAAGCAUGAUAAGUGGAAGUUUGUUAAUCCAAAUCUACCGGGUGGAGAUCUUUCUAAAAACAAUGAAGAUCUUAAAACUAGAUUGGAUGCUCUUAGUUGUAUAUACAACGGGACGGUGAAGAUUAACCUUGGAGUCACAAUUUGCCACGACCCACAAUUUUCUAGCGCACAUAAAAACAGGAUAAGUUAUUCAUAUGAUGGGAUACUAAAUACAUAUCCACCCAUAUAUAGUCACACAUAUGAGCCAAAUGAUGAAUCAAAUAGGAAGCCCUUUAAUGUAUCCGAGAUUUAUGUCAUGGGUACAAAACAGAAGUUCAAAGGAAAUAUUCCACCAUUUAAUGACGUUAAGAAGCUUAUUGCCUACGUAUCUCCUUGUGAUAAAGAUAAUCCAUUGCUUAUAUUUGUGGAAUCUGGAAGUAGUAUGGGUAAUAAGUGGUACAAGAAAGUAAAGAGUGAUGUUACUUGGGAUGAACAUGAAGGAUUUUCUGGUGAUAAGUCCACUAUCGAGGGUUUUUUCCGCCGACUAAGUACUUCUAUGACAAUAGGAGCUUGUAAUGUUUCAACUUCAACAUUUCGUAUUAAACUUAAGCUUACAGAAAGUCCGGUAAAAGGACAACCCUCUAUUACAUAUUAUGACACGUCUAGCAGAGAAGCUAAGGAUACUCCAAUUAUUGUAACCAAGGAUACUGAAAAUGUACCUAGAGGUUUCUUCAAAAAUAUUCAUAAGGCAACUACUAAUAGUGGACAUUUUACCUUAAAUAGACAAUCGCAAGCGGGGGGUGAUAUAGGCUCAGGAACACAAAACCAGAUAGAUGGUGUAGAAUAUGUGGAAGUACACUUUUGGAAUGAACAACCCAAUAAACCUAUCCUUGUUACUGUAAUCAGGGGGGAUGGUCAAGAAUAUAUACGCCAUGGUAGGGGUCCGAGUUAUGGCAAUGCAAGGUGGAUAUUAGAUCAAGUGGAAGGUCUGAACGAACAAGAAGCUUUGGACCAUCAAAACUGUCGACUCAACAAUGUUAUUCCAAUCGACCUAAGUGAUCCUAAAAAUAUUAAACAAUUCCACUCUAAUAAAAAAAACUCUACCUGUCUAAAAGGUAUUUCAGUAAAUAAAUUCUCUGGACUAUCAAAUCUCACAUCUGAAGCCCAAACUGUCUAUGAAGUUAAAUCCUAUAAACUAGACAGUGGUAAGGGAAUAUCUAGGGUGACUUAUAAAUCUAAACCUACCAACAUUCCUCCAUAUAAUGACCCUGGGUUAAUAUUGAACAUUUACUACUGGAAUAAAAGGCAAGAUGUUCCACUUAUCGUUGAGUUUAAACCUAAGGCUGGAGAAAAAUCUACUUGGUAUGAGAAUCUUGGCAAAGAUCUGGAGCACAAAAUUUGGAAACCUGUAGGCGAGAAAGAAGCCGAGAAGUUUUAUGAAAAUCAUGGUCAAAACCUUACCGAGAAAUUCACUAAAAAGUUAGAUGAGGUUAACUGUAUAGUGCAUGGAAUUGUUCAAGUAGAUAUUUCACGACAAUAUGGAAAGUAUUGCCAUGAUAGAUGUAGUCCUAGGAGGAUAAAGGUGGUCACCCUUUCUAAAGAAAAGAUUCAUGGGUAUACCAUUUAUGAACACACCCCUGCAGACAAAAACCAGAACACGUUAAUGGUAUCAUCAAUUGUAUAUUACGGUAAGGAACAACACCUAGGAAGUAUUGGUCUACCUAAAGAAAUUUCCAAGGUUAAGGUAUAUUUCCCAAAUUGUCCCGGAGGUGCUCCAGUUGCCAUUGAAAUUGAGGAUAAUGGAGGAACUGAAAUUUGGCUUGAGAAGACAAAGGAUAACGACAACUGGAAAGAGACCAAUAAAGACUUUAAAGACACCCAAAACAACUCUGAAAAAAUUAGGAAUCUUCUAAAUGAGAUCAAACAAAAUACAAAGGCAUGUAAUUCACCUAAGGUACUUAAUGUACCAUCUCUACCUCAGGUACAAACCGGAGACCAGAAUACGGAUAAUGUGGAUAAAGAAGAUGUUUUGAAAAAAUUUUUUACUGAUGAUGCUGGAGAUGACCAAGAUGUUGAAGGUAAUCUUGAUAAUAAUGAGCAUGAAGAUGAAAUCAUAAAAACAUAUGUAGCUCAAGAUGAUUUGUUAAAAUCUGCUAUUGUGGUUCCAAAUCCAGUAGUUGAUCCAACCGUUCAUCUACAAUCAUCCGAUCCAGGUUUUCUUGUAGUAACAUCUCCACCUGGUGUUAUCAUAGACAUAAAGCAGGAUCUUUGUGAUAAAAGAGAAUCUGGAUAUGAAUCGUAUAAGUCCGGAGAUGACGAUAUUCAGCUAGUUAAGUCUAUGGACCCCCGAGACUCCGGAUUCUACAGAUUCACACAUUUUUUAUAUGAUGGCAAUCCUUUCAAGGUUAAGGAAGUCAAACACGAUAGAAAUGUGACAGAUAUAAUACCUAAAGAACCUAUUUACUACUACUCAGUAUGGUAUUGGAAACAUGACAAGGAUAUGACAAAUCCCUUAUUAGUAGAAAUUGAGAAAGAUGAUUACACAUACAAAUAUCAUGCCGCUAAAGAAAAAAAUGGAGCUAGUUGGGACAUAUCUAAAUCUGACGAUUCACUCACCGGUGAGCCCCUUGAACAGAAGCUCGAUGACCUUAACUGCCAGCUCAACAAAGCAGUUACUAUAGAUCUUACUGAGUCUAGGAAAAGUGGAGAGUCAUAUUGUUGCAAAAAUGGGCAUAAUAGAAUUUCUGUUAAUUCUGGCUCAGCGUCUUCCAACAAUUCUGACUUUAUUACAUAUUACAUACAUGCAAUUACUGGUAGCGAUCAUAAGUUUGCUAAGAUCAAAUAUUAUUGCAAUGGUGAUAAAGAGCAGAGAAGGUAUAUUAAGCCAUCUGCUUGGAAGGAAUAUAUUACUGGGCAAGUUUAUGUCUAUGUCUACUACUGUAACGGUAACCCUGCAGUCAUAUAUGUUAGAUCAACUGGAAUAUCUACAUUUAAUGGAUGGUAUAAGAGAAAGGAGAUAAACAAUUAUGAUAGUGACUGGUCGAAAAUUCUACAAGUUGGCCAUACAACACCUGAAAAGAUUGCUGGUGACAUGAAAUGUGUUGAUUUUGGAAAGCUGAAUGAUACACUUAAAGGUCUUGGAUGUCAAAGUAAAACUUGUAACAAGCCGUCUUCAUAUGCUACGCAAGGUGGAAGCUCCAUAGGUGUAGCCUCAGUGGUUUCAACUCCACCACAAGUAACCAUUCAGCUUGAAAAAACCAAAGAGGCAAAUAAUCAAGGGGGUACUACUUAUUAUGGAUAUACUACUGGAACCAAUACCAUUAAAGUCACAGAAUCUCCCUAUCCUCCUGGUCCUCUACAAGGAUCUCAGGACUUCCUCAGGUAUGAACAUAAAGAUUCUACUGAAUCACCAUUCACACUUUUAAAAGUACUAGAUGAUAAUAAGAAUGAUGUCAUAAAUGUACAGGUGGAAAAUGCUACUUUAGUUCAUGCCUAUUACUGGCGACAUGACAAUAAUGGUCCUGGUGGGACACCUAAUAAAGCUCUCUUGGUAGAAGUGGUCACAAAGGACCACUCUGGAAAUAAUUAUACUUAUUACUCAUCUAAUAAGGAUAAUAAAUGGACUGAAUAUAGUGCAACCAAUUCCAAGUAUGGACUUGGUCAGGCUGAAUUAGUGGCUAAGCUCACCUUGCUCAAUUGUGAGAUCAAUGAUGUUGUUCAAAUAGAUGUUAGUAAGAUUGCUGAUUAUUAUCAUUAUAAUACUGACCCUAAACACGAAAAUGGUUAUACUAAAAAAAUUAAGGUUAGUGAGGUAGGUCAAGAACUGCUUGGAAAUUACACUGCUUAUGAGCAUACUCCAAAUUCUGAUGCUUAUAUUGAAGGUUAUGAUAGAAAGUUCAACAUCUCUGGUUUCACAAAUGAAAGAACUCCUAUAACACUAUCUAAUUUUUCACUACCCAUCAGGAAAGCUGAAAGAGUAGUUGUUUACUUCUGCAAAAGUGAAGUUACUAGUACUACUACGGCAGAAAAUCCUAUCCUCAUUUAUGUACCAGAUGCAGAAGAUGGGAGGAAAUGGCUUAAAAAGAAAGAUGGCACUUGGAAGGCAGAUAUUAAUUUAAAUAAUACUACAGAUUCUAACAUUCAAAAGGUUGUUAGAGUACUUGAUAAGCUUGAAAGCAAGUGUAAACCACCGAAAAUAACUAUUAAAAUAAAUGGGAGGGGAAAACCUAAUGGAAAGUACGAGUAUAAAAGUGACUCGAACCAGAUUGUUGUACAGAAUGGUCCAGCUUCAGGUAUAUCUGACUUUACCGAAUACACUCACAAGGUACUAGGUAGAGAAGAUAGUUACUUUACCAUUAAGGAAUUCCAAUAUAAUAAACCUACCACAGAAGAGUUAGAUCCAAUGUAUAGAGUUACAUCUGUUUCAGUCUAUUACUGGACUAUUCUAGAGCAGGACUCUAACUGGAGGAGUAAGAGUAGACCUCUUCUUGUCAAAGUCACUCAGCAGAAGCCUACUGGCAUAGGAGAGAAUAUAGCUUACUAUGAGAAUACUGGGGAGAAGGGAAACUUGAAUUGGCAGUAUGCUACUGGAGAUCUACCUAACCAACUUGAAGCAAAGCUUAAACUGCUGAACUGUAGGCUUAAUCAUGCAGUAGUUAUAGAUGUCUCACAGAAGGAUAAUCCUGGCUACUAUGACGCUUGUGAAAAUGAUGAUGAUAAUCUGGAUGGUUCCCAUGGUGAAAGAAUGGAAGUUAAGAAGGAUAAAGAUGACAUGGGUAAACUAGACAACUACCAGGUUUAUAAUCAUACUCUCAAUAACGGAUCUGGGAUAUUUCACAUAGUAAGCUUUAGAGAUACUUCUGGUUCCCUAUCAUUACCCGGAGCAAUGAUACCAAUUCUUGACGUUACCGCUUUUAAGGUCUACUUCUGCGAAAAAGGCGAGAGUACUCCACUUUUAAUAUAUUAUAAGGGAGUUAAUUAUGGAUUUACUGGUAGAAAUAGAAAUCCUAAGUGGUAUAAAUAUCAAAACAUUGAUGGUAUCAGUACAUGGAAACAAGAACUGAAAGAAGCUCCAUCUACCAUAAAAGAUUACAAAUCGAUCCUCCAAGUACUCAAUGGUCUUAAAAGUCCCUGUACUUAUGAAACUGCUUCUCCUACUACUCCUGCCGAACCUGGUAAAACUGAAGCUUUUGCUGAUGUAGCCUCUGGUGGUAUUCUUACUGUUCUCACUGGUGCUGGUACAUAUGGUGGCCCUCUUGCUGGAUCCGCUGCAACAUUUUUUGCUGGAUGGAAACUCUAUAAGAACUUUAAAGGAGAUCCUUGGGUUAGGCAGAUUUAG